AUGGACUCGUAUUCCGUUGAAAAAGACAUCACUUAUAUUAAGGAUUGGCUUAAGAAGGAACCACAUUUACCCAAUGACUUUGGUGUGGAAAGAAACGUACAACCUCCAAAUGUGGCGAACGCUUUUAAAGUGGCACUUAUGUCUGCUGACCUAAGACUUAAAGAGGAAUCAGAAGAAGUAGAUGGGGAUGUUUUUAUAUUGGACGCAGCAGUGGCCACUGUCAACCAUUUUGCUAGAUUUACGCCAAUGUUGAUCAAGAAGUUUCUUAUAUGUGUACAGGCGAGUGUCAUUAAGAAUAAUACCAUAUUUGUUCAUGCUGAUGUAAAUGACCUCUACAAGCAUGUGCCCCAGGAGAUAAUGCCAACAGAUUAUGGAGGGAAAGUUGGAUCAAUGAAUGAUAUUCAUCAUGCUUGGAUUAAGAAAACUGAAGAAUGUAAAGAUUGGUUUUUGGAACAAGACAAAUACAAAAGUGACGAAAGUCGUAGACCCGGAAAGCCUAAAAAUCAUGACGAACUCUUCGGCUUAGCGGGUUCUUUCCGUCAAUUAGACAUAGACUAA